ACACAACACUUACCAUUUACUCUUAUCACUCUGCAACAAAUCACAGAAUCCAUCAUCUCAGGCUUUCUCUUCUAGCCUUUUGUGUCCAAGAUCCUUUAAACCAUUUCUGUUGUUAACCAGCUCAGUCCUCGGUGCAUCCCGUUCGCUGGCCACACUCACUCGGCCCAGGAUGGCAUUCUGUCUGACCCUGCGCAUGGCGCUACUGCUUCUCUUCGGGGUCCUAGCCCCUGCGGUGCUCACAGCCGAGGACCCGCAGGAGCCCGUGCCCACCCUGUGGAACGAGCCGGCCGACCUACCCUCGGGAGAAGGCCCCGUGGAGAGCACCAGCCCCGCCCGGGAGCCCGAAGCCACCGGCGCCCCGGCCCCCACCGCCCCGCCCAGCCCCGAGGACAGCACCGCGCGGGAGCGACUGGACCCCGGCAGCAGCGGCUCCCUGGGGCCCGGCGCCAUCGCGGCCAUCGUCAUCGCCGCCCUGCUGGCCACCUGCGUGGUGCUGGCGCUCGUGGUGGUCGCGCUGAGAAAGUUUUCCGCCUCCUGAAGCGAAUAAAGGGGCCGCGAUCCGCCGGGCGCGCCCGUGUCUUC